CUCUGGAACGUUCCGGAAGAAGCUCCAUUUUGCUCGGAUUCUGAUUUAUUGGAUCCUGCCCGCGUUGCUGAUGCCAGCCGUCCUCAAACUGUUUUACGUUGUCCACGAGCAUGCCAGGUGCAAUGCAUGGAUUCGCGAUUAUUGGGCAAUCAUUGUCUUAUUGCCGCUGGUACAACUAGUGGCCAUGUCCUGCUUUGGCAGCUUAACGAUGGCUCCUUGCUUCUUGACCUUAUUGUGCACUCAAAUUGGAUCACUACCGUCCGAUUUGUACCUCCAGUACCACUGGCUAACAAGGCUAUCGACUCCACUGAUGACUUGCGCGACUUGACUCUACUAACUACUUCUGCCGAUGGUGUAGUCAAGCGCUGGCAUUUCGGAGCCAAUAGUCUGCCCUCAUCUGUGUCUCAAGGCGGGUUAGUCCCGUCAGUCCCACCACCCACCAAAGUUUUACAUCCUUUAAAAUCGCCCACGAAGCAAGUCUUCGAGAUUUCGGAGCCUAGUGUGCUUUUUGGACUAGCUGGUUCUAUAGGUUCCAAUAGAGGAACAGCCCUACAGGGCCUUUGGACAGAUGUUUUUACAGCCUGGUUUGCCCCUGAUGGUGGCCAGCAGCUUAUCGUUGCCGGCCAGCUCCGGAAUUCAGCUGAUCUCCAAGUAGGCUUUUGA